UUUCUCAACUCACAAAAUACGUACACGCGUUUUAACUAAGGGUAAACAAUAAAACACACUGGAAGUAAAACCACAGCGUUCAAGUAGUGAGUGAGUUACGUGUGUUUGGAUCUGCUGAGUUGCUGUUGAACGCGAUGCCAUCCAAAACUGAAGACUACGAGGUGCUGCUCACCAUAGGAUGUGGAUCUUAUGGAAAAUGCCAGAAAAUCAAAAGGAAAUCCGAUGGAAAGAUUCUGGUCUGGAAGGUUCUGGACUAUGGCACUAUGGCCGAGGGAGAGAAACAGAUGCUGGUGUCAGAAGUCAACUUGCUCCGUGAGCUGAAGCACCCAAAUAUCGUCCGAUACCAUGACCGAAUUAUUGACAGAACGAACACGACAUUAUAUAUAGUGAUGGAAUACUGUGAGGGUGGAGAUCUCGCCAGCCUCAUCAACAGAAGCAUCAAAGACAAGCGAUACCUGGAGGAAGAAUUCAUCCUGCGUGUGAUGGCACAGUUGUCUCUGGCGUUAAAAGAAUGCCAUGGUAGGAGUAACGGCAGCAGUACAGUUCUGCACCGAGACCUGAAACCAGCAAACAUCUUUCUGGAUGCCAAACAGAAUGUAAAGCUUGGCGAUUUCGGUUUAGCUCGCAUACUAAACCACGAUACAAGCUUUGCUAAAACGUUUGUUGGAACGCCAUAUUACAUGUCGCCAGAACAAAUGAAUCGCAUGUCCUAUAAUGAGAAAUCGGAUAUAUGGUCUUUAGGGUGUUUACUCUAUGAACUAUGUGCUUUAUCGCCCCCAUUUACAGCAUACAACCAGACAGAGCUGGCUCGAAAAAUCAGAGAAGGCAGAUUUCGAAGAAUCCCAUACCGAUACUCGGAUGAGCUAAACACACUGCUUUCAAAAAUGCUCAACUUAAAGGACUAUCUGAGGCCCUCUGUGGAGUCCAUCCUGCAGAAUGGUUUGAUCUCCGGUUACGUGGCCCUCGAGCAGAAGAGGCUCCAGGAGAAACAGCGGCGCAGAUCAGAUGAGGCAGAGCAGCCCAAACAUCCAGAGUCACCACUUCUGGCAGAGCUGCGGCUUAAAGAGCAGAUUCUCCGAGAGCGAGAGCAGGCCCUCAAAGAGCGAGAGCAGCGGCUAGAGCAAAGGGAACAAGAACUGUGUGUCCGAGAACAGCAAACUAAUGAAAAGCUGGUCAGAGCCGAGAGCAUGUUGAAGGCGUUUAAUCUGAUCCGACAGCAGAGGGCGCUAUCUCUGCUCAGCGCCAGCGACACAGAGAAUGAAGAGAACAUCUCUCCAGGGAAAAAGAGGGUUCACUUUGCAGGAGACGGGAAGGAGAACGGCAGACUGAUCAUGAAACCUCAGGAGCACAUCCUUGAGAAGAGACACCAGCUGAUGAACAAGCGCAUACAGACACUCGGAGAGGAGGAGAAGAUGAUCCACUCGCCAAAACACAGAGAAAUGCAGGGAAUCCGCUAGCCUUCAAAGACACUGCCACUGUGGUCAAUCACGUCAAGAGGAUUUCGUCUAGUUGUGUAUAUUAAGAGAUAGAUUCCUGCUUUAAUUUAUUUGCUGCAGCAUUUGUACAGUACACUGGAGCAUUUCAUUUAAAGGGACAGCUAACCCCAAAUUCAAAACUCUCUUAUCAUUUAUUCACCCUCCAAUUUUUCCAAACCUUUUCGUUUCUUUUUUUAUUUUCUGAUCACACAAAAAUGAAGAUAUUUAGAGAAAUGUUGGGAAUCAGUAGCCAUUAACUUUAAUAAAAUUUGUUAUAUCCCACUAUAGAUGUCUGACUAUCAAUUACAAACAUUCUUCCAAAUAUCUCCUUUUGUGAAGAGAAAGGGAACAUCUUGAGGGUGAAUAAAUGGUAAGUAAUGUUUUAUUUUGGGUGAACUGUCUUUUUAAUGUGCAUUACACUAUGGAUGUUUUAUUGCUAGAAGCAUUGUUUUUAUUUGGAAUAAAUAAAUGAAUAAUGGUUGCA